AUGGCAUCUGGCGGUAUGGAAUCUGAGCGAAUCCGAUCCACUAAAUACUCCACCACACUGAAGACAGGGCUGACGCCGGUGCGUAUCGGUUUCGUGAAUCGUUCGAGCGGCUCUUGUCGGAAGCCACAUCCUACACCACUGGCAUUGGGAAGGGCAUUUGUCAUGCCUAGUCCUAAGAUGGUAGCUGAGACCAGUAUCCCAAAAGUACCACGAAGGGCAGUGUGGGCAUUGGUGGUAGAAGUGGCUGCUCUGGUGGUGCCGCUCAAUCUCGACUUUGCUGCCAAAUCGCAUGUCACAUGGCACAUCUCCCGGGCCGGGUACUUCGCAAAUGAACUGUUCGUGUUCGUCAGAUGGUUCCAGUCGAUAGCACAUGGGAACAUGAGGACCAACUUGCCGGUAGCCCCGCUGCACCUCUGGGGCGACGGGUGGGUUAUGCUGCUCUGGCAGAUCAAGACCUUCGUCCACAUCGUCCCCAUCGGGCCCGUUCUCUUCGCCGCAAUGCCCAGUGCAACAGAGCUCGCUGCGCAGAAACCAAAGGGCUCUGCAUUUCGUGCAGCCAAAUCUGGUGGGAAGACCAAUGGCAUCGAUUCUGGCUGCGAAACAACGCAUUCGUCAUGGUGCAUCUCGCCACACCUCGAGCACCGCCACAAUAAAGUGCCCUGA